AUGGAUGGGGGGGACAGGGAGGGGACAGGACGGGGCAGGCGCGUGUGCGGCCGGAGGUGGCCGGGACAGGAAGGGGACAGGGGCCGUGGGCGUUGCUGUGGCCGGAGCAGCGGCGCAGGCAGCGAGCGCCGUGCCCGGGUGCCGCAGCAGCACCCUCGGCGCCGGGGACCCGCCGUGAGCCCGCGUCCGCUCCCCGCAGCCGCUGCCGUGCGGGUGAGCCAGGAGCCGGGCGAGCUGCGGGUGGCGGCGGGCGCCGCGGUGCAGCUGAGCUGCCGGGUGGUGCUGGCCGAGCCCUGGGAGCUGCUCCGGAUGGAAUGGGUGAGGGACGCGGGGCGCGGGGUGCUGUACAGCGCCCGCCUGCAGCCCGCCGGCCCCGCACCGCCCUGCGCCCCGCAGCUCUGCCUGGCCUGGCGGCCGCCCCGCGCCACCCUCACGCUGCUGCGGGUGCGGGAAGGUGACAGCGGGACCUACCGCUGCCGGGUCACCCUGGAGAUCCCCCGGCACGGCACGGCCACGGGCAACGGCACCCGGCUCAGCGUGGGCACCCGGCUCGGCGCGGGCACCCGGCUCGGCGCGGGCGCAGGGCUGGUGUUGGAGCUCGCGGGGAGCCUGGGGGGCACAGCCCUCCUCCUGGCACUUGCCCUCCUCCUCUUCCUCUGCUACCGGCGCUGGCACAAAAACUCAGAUACAGGCGUCUACCUGAACGUGCCGCCGCGCUCGGCGCCGAGCCCCGGGAAGCUGCACUCACCCCCCCUGCUGACGGAGAGCAGCCUGUACCAGGGGAGGCUGCAGCGGGCACGGAGCCCCCCCACUGCCCCCCGGCCCUGACAGGAGCUGUGCCCUGCUGUUCCAAUGAUACCCUCCCCCCCAA